AUGUCAACUCAAAUUCUUUCUGAAAAACUUCAAUUUGGAACCAAAAUCGAAGGUCAUGUUAAUAUUGACAAUGUAUACAAAAGAAUUUUAAGAUCAAAUAAGAUUCAUGCAAUUUCAGAACCAAACUCUAUCAACUCUCGAGUUAUUGAAAGAGCUCCAACUUCAAAUGGAUUUAUUUCUGCUUUUUUUCAAGCUUAUAGUUAUCAUCAACAUUUAAAACUUUCACCUGAUGAUAUUUGGCUAGCUAUUGCCUUGGGAGUCAGUCAGCAUAUUAAUUUUAAUUCGGAAAAAUAUCGUUAUGUGUUUGUUGAGCAUGAAGGCAAAAAAGAAAUUAAUGUUUAUGUUGAUGGCCUUUUGGAUUUUAGUGGUGAAUGUAUUGGAGGAAAUUGGGACCAAGCGGUUCAACAGUUAACUGAUGCAACUGAUAGUCAAGUUAAAGAUGAAGUUGGAAUAAAAAGAUUAUUAGAAUGUAAUUUUACAACUACAACUCCUACUACAAAAACUGCUAGUAAUAUCGUAUUAUUAGAUACUGUCAAGUCCUAUUUUGAUUAUAGAAUAUCAACUUGUUGUGGCAUUCCAAAGAUCACUUUGACCGGUACUUUAGAAGAUUGGAUGAAAAUUCAAGAAAAAUUAGUUCAAUUACGUAAAUUAAAUUUGGAUUUAGAUUUUUGGUUAAAUAAAUUAGAUCCAAUUAUUGGGGAAUUUGUUUCGACUUAUAAAGGUGAAAUACAUGAAGAUUUUUGGAGUAAAGUUUUGUCUUACCAAUCUUAUGGCUCUGGCGAGCCUACUUUAAGUGGUUGGAUUACCACAUUCUUUCCUUAUACUUGUGAUGGUCAUCCUUUAGGAGGAAUCGCGGAAUUAGGUGAUUUACCUUAUGGUCGAGUUAGUGUACCCUUUAUCGGUAGUUUUGAUGAAGUCGGCAUGGAUUUAAAGCUACAACUUGUUACAGGUUUUAUAGGCCACAAACAAGAAAGUGUUAACAAUAAUGAUGGUGAUGUAGAAAUUAUUGUUUCACCUGAAAUAGCAGCUCCAGGUGGAAUUAUUUUUUCAACAUUUCCAAUAAAUCUUGGUAGUUAUGCAAAUUUAAUGGGAACGAGUAUGGCAACACCAUAUAUAUCUGGUGUAGCAGCUUUAAUAAGACAGGCCAAUAAAAUAGAAAAAAAUUCUCACCGUUUUAUUCAAAAGGCUUUAAUGAAUUAUGCGAUACCAGUUCACGAUCAAAUAUUCAAAAUAGUCCCACCAGUUUUAAGACAAGGUGCUGGAUUAGUAAAUGUUUAUAAUUCAAUUAGAGCUAUGGCGUUUGUUCAUCCAUUCAAACUUGCUUUAAAUGAUACAGUCAAUGGUAAAAAAGAUGGUUAUUAUGACCUUAGCAUUGAAAACUAUUGUGAUAAACAUUUGGAAUAUCGUUUAGUUCAUAUGCCAGCUGUUUCAGUAAAUGGUUAUGAUGGAGAGAAACAGUUAUUACUACAGGAAUUGAAAUAUCGUAGAGAAUAUGCAGUUGUAAAUUUUAAACGGGUGUUUAUUAAAAUUGAACCUUUUGGAAAAGAAAAAAUAACAUUAAAAAUAACACCACCAAAAGAUUUACCGUCAUCUGAACAUUGGUUUUAUAGUGGAUUUAUAAAAUUUGUUCCUGUAGAUAGCGAUGAUCCAAUUAUUUCUGUUCCAUAUGGUAUGUUCGAAAUAGCAGCUCCAGGUGGAAUUAUUUUUUCAACAUUUCCAAUAAAUCUUGGUAGUUAUGCAAAUUUAAUGGGAACGAGUAUGGCAACACCAUAUAUAUCUGGUGUAGCAGCUUUAAUAAGACAGGCCAAUAAAAUAGAAAAAAAUUCUCACCGUUUUAUUCAAAAGGCUUUAAUGAAUUAUGCGAUACCAGUUCACGAUCAAAUAUUCAAAAUAGUCCCACCAGUUUUAAGACAAGGUGCUGGAUUAGUAAAUGUUUAUAAUUCAAUUAGAGCUAUGGCGUUUGUUCAUCCAUUCAAACUUGCUUUAAAUGAUACAGUCAAUGGUAAAAAAGAUGGUUAUUAUGACCUUAGCAUUGAAAACUAUUGUGAUAAACAUUUGGAAUAUCGUUUAGUUCAUAUGCCAGCUGUUUCAGUAAAUGGUUAUGAUGGAGAGAAACAGUUAUUACUACAGGAAUUGAAAUAUCGUAGAGAAUAUGCAGUUGUAAAUUUUAAACGGGUGUUUAUUAAAAUUGAACCUUUUGGAAAAGAAAAAAUAACAUUAAAAAUAACACCACCAAAAGAUUUACCGUCAUCUGAACAUUGGUUUUAUAGUGGAUUUAUAAAAUUUGUUCCUGUAGAUAGCGAUGAUCCAAUUAUUUCUGUUCCAUAUGGUGCCGCAAAAACGUUACCAAUAUUUGCAAAACCAGAUUAUCCACAACUUUACUACGACUCUAAAUCAUUAUAUUUUCCCAAUGAAACAGCCACUUAUGGAAUGAAAAAUAAAACAGAUGCUCCAAUUAUAUUAAUAUCAUUAUCAACACCAACAAAAUUAUUACUUGUACAGGUACUAGAUGAAAAUCAAAAAUUGUUAGGUUUUGUACCUGGUAAAGGUGUCGGUGGGCUUUUAGCCGGAUAUAAUGAGUAUCUUACAAAAACUGGUUCACAUAAAUUUUUAAUAUUACUUUGGGCUGGCUCAAAAAAUAAUGCUACUAAUAGUGAUGAAGAUCCAGAAAUUUUACCAAACGGUGCUUAUCAUUUGAGAAUUCGUGCUUUAAGAUUGUUGGGUGACAUUGAUAAAGAAGAAGAUUGGGAAGUUUGG